UCUGACUGUUCCUCUAUGUAUCGAGCUCCAGAUGGUGGCCAGGCCGGUGAGGGGGACGCAGAUCUGCAGCAAGGGACCUGCUUUGCGCAUGCCUGUGGGUGGAGCUUCAUCACCCCUGGAUCCUGGGCAGUGGUUUAUACGCGUGACCACAUGGUCCUGCCUGCAUGGUUCUCUCCGGCUCUCAUGGGAGACAGGCAUACAGACAUAUCACUGCACAUAAUCACACGAAUGCAGAGUUUGACUCCGGAUCCCAAAGCCCGGUACACGAGCAUCUACGGAGCCCUCAAGAAAAUCAUGCGGACUGAAGGCUUCUGGAGGCCACUGCGGGGUAUCAACGUGAUGAUCAUGGGGGCGGGCCCGGCCCACGCCAUGUAUUUUGCCUGCUAUGAAAACAUGAAAAGGACUUUAAAUGACGUUUUCCAUCACCAAGGAAACAGCCACCUAGCCAAUGGGAUAGCUGGGAGUAUGGCCACCCUGCUCCACGAUGCGGUAAUGAACCCGGCAGAAGUGGUGAAGCAGCGCUUACAGAUGUACAACUCGCAGCACCGGUCUGCCCUCAGCUGCAUCAGCACAGUGUGGAGGACCGAGGGGUUGGGGGCCUUCUACCGGAGCUACACCACGCAGCUCACCAUGAACAUUCCCUUCCAGUCCAUCCACUUCAUCACCUACGAGUUCCUGCAGGAGCAGGUGAACCCGCGGCGGGACUAUAACCCGCAGUCCCACAUCAUCUCUGGUGGCCUGGCCGGGGCCCUUGCUGCAGCUGCCACCACCCCCCUGGACGUCUGCAAGACCCUGCUCAACACACAGGAGAAUGUGGCUCUGUCCCUGGCCAACAUCAGCGGCCGGCUAUCAGGCAUGGCCAACGCCUUCCGGACAGUGUACCAGCUCAACGGCCUGGCGGGCUACUUCAAAGGCAUCCAGGCACGUGUCAUCUACCAGAUCCCCUCCACGGCCAUCUCCUGGUCUGUCUAUGAGUUUUUCAAGUACUUCCUCACCAAGCACCAGCUGGAGAACCGAACUCUGUACUAAAGGAACGGCUGUGGGAAGUGGUUCUGGAAUAUUUUGUUCACAAAAGUCUUCCCCUGUCUGCCUGCCCGUCUCUUGGCCUCACACCCAAGGUCCCUUUUUUGAGGGUGCCCUGGAUGGGUGCUCCCGGAUGCCUUAGAAAGAGGGGAGGCUAGGAUGGCCGCUGACCGGAAGGCUGUCCUGUCCGCAGGGACAUCCGAGGUGGCGCCGGACAGGAAAGACUUGGGAAGGGGAGUGAGAAAUAGCUGUUUCUCCUUCACCCGCAAAGAAUGUAGCUUUUCUGCUUCUCUGUGGCAGUCUCCUCCCUUGAUCCUUUGGUCACACAGGAGGGAAGAGGAAAUAACAGUGACUGAACACAUUAAAGAAAGCUUAUAUAUAUAUAUAUAUAUAUAUAUAUAUAAUAUAUAUAUAAAAGUUCCAUUUUACAGUCUAAAAUAGAUGGAUAAUGUUUAUCCUUUAUUUUUCUACAUAGAAAUUUUUGAAUUUGCGUGUGUUCUUGUGUGUCCAUAAAUAGUAUUACAGCUGAGCUGAUUGAGCUGGUAUUUUUUUUUUUUAAAGAGGGCUGAAUUCUUCCAUCAGGCUAAAUAAAAAGGCACGGAAGUAAUAAAUGGCUGGAUGGGGCCUAAAAUUGCGUGUAGCACCCUCCCAGAUGGAAGUUUCACUUGAAUGUAAAAUAAUAAACAUUAUAUAUUUUGAAUUUCUCUUUCAAUGGGGAAAAAGGUACAUUAAAAAAAUCAAAAUAAUGUUACGCUACUUGCAGCUAAUUUUAAUUCAGUCAGUUGCUCACCUUCAUGUGCCUUAUUCCUUUUGUCUUUCCUAAAAAUUCCAGAACCAAAGAUUGGGGCCCUGGCGUGUUUCUUCGUGCUGCAUACACGCACAUACACAUAGCCCAGGGAGUGGGGUCACUCCUGCUAUACACUGGUGGCCUCAGUAUAACUAGGAUGACCGGUCUUAUACCUGCUGACCCUUCCCUCGCUUGCUAUGAGUGACCUGGGUUUGUGCUUCCCUGGGUCACACUUAGAACCCCUGGAUAUGCCAGUGUUUUACUUGUUGAGUAGGUCGUUGGGAUAAGUCCUACCUUUAUCUUAAGACUUACUGUGGAUCAGCCUUUUUUUUCUCACGCGCUUCAGGGAACUUGGCUUAUUUGGGUUUUGACUAAAUCUUCUGUUCUGCCUUUCCCUGUACAGUCUAGGGAUUUAGUAAAAUGGAGCCAGCACACCUCUGGCACUUGGCUGUACCCCCCGCCUGUUCCAACCCUUAAUCCACUGUCACAGCCUCCUCUGGUUGGGUGGUGAUAAGUCUAGGCCCUCCAACAGGGGCCCCUGCCCAAGCCUGACCUAGACCCUAUGCCCAAGGCUACCUCUUGAGCCUUGUUCGGUCUGUGUCACCUGGGAACAGUAGGUCUUACUGCCUUGUCUUCUGAAAUGGAGUCACACUGUCUGCAAGAGAAAAUAUAGGCCUGCUGCUUCCAGAUUGGUAUCCGAGGGGACACCGGAUGUUCCGUUUCCUGUUUUGAGCCCCCACUAGAGCCUGUCUGUGAAUGAGCAGGAAGCACGUGCAUUUCAUUUUGGCAGUCCUUGUCUUGACCUGACACUAUCUCGUUGGCCAAUGUGGCGCCUGUCCCUUAGGCGGCUCAGGUCUGGCUCCUCUGGGCCAUGUGACUGCCUGGGAAAGACUUAGGUUGCACGUAGAGAAGUCUCAUCUUGGGGCUAUGCUGUUGCAGGUCUUUUGUCCCAGGAACUAUGAGCAGUUGUCUAACGAAAAGAUUGACUUCCUUUUUCAAAUCCAGGUUAGGAGGGCCACCUUGGUACCUCGUAUGUGUACUCCACGAGCAGGGGCCUGCUGCUGGGCUGCAGGAUGGCUGCUGAGCUGUCCCACCUCGGGGUUGCCCACCCAUGCUCUCAGCUGUGGGGACCAGUUGCAUCAGGCAGAAAGCUGGUGACCGUGCUGUCACUGGAAAUGUUUACAUCUAUUCUGACCUUGGCCUGGGGUCGAGUUACAUGUGCAGUGCUAACUUCUGCAGAUGGAGGGGAAAAUAAAAUUGUAGGUUCUAAAGUAGAACUUAAAUCCUAAAAAAAAUUCCUAGUAUCCCUUUUUGUCCACUUGAUACACUGGCCUGCUAUAAAAUGUUCCUGGUUUCCUACAGGAUUUUGUUCUGAUAUUUACAGCAGAGUCUUGACUUCUAGAAAAUCCCCUUUGGCUAAGGGGCUGCAAAGCAGAGAGCGGGGAGCUGCAUGUUAGAGCUCCAUGGGCUUAGAGUCCGAGGAUGUGGUCCUGGCUUUCUCUUCCUGGUGAUGAAGGCUGGGUCAGCAGUGGGGCGUCCCACCUGUCCUCCCUGCCUCCACCUGGUCAUCAUGAGGUUUAGUGAGUGAUCUGUCAGAAGUUUGUGAUAGUUUUGAGGCACCAAAUAGAUACGUAUUUAUUAAUUUUACCUCUCUCACUCUUACCUUGAGAUAUGGUAUUGUUUGCCCCACACAGACCAUUAGCCUGCAGGUUGUGAUUUUAAUAUUGCAGAAUGCUGAAUAGGAAAAUAGUUCCUCUGUCCAGUGACCCACCCAAUAAUCAUGAUGCAUACUUAGUCAUUAACAUCUUUGAAGCGACAUCUGCAGCCAGGCAAUGCCAGGGGAGUCCAGUCCUGGAACUUUGACAGUGUGUGUGUUUGUGUAAGUUAGCUCUCCUUCUCCGACCAUGAUUUGAGGGUCACCCACUUGUAGACUGGAAUUUUCAAAUAAAACAUUUUUUCCCAAAUGGGAUGAAUUCUCCAUGCAUGCCUAUUUUUUCUUAACUUUGGAUUGACUCUUACCUGUUUACUAGCUUCUUAUGUGAUUUGUUUUUAUAAAAACGCUUAUGUCUUAUUCCAAGCACCAUCUUCCCAUGGCCCCGAAGGCUGAAUCUCCAACGCCUUGUUAUGCUGAUAAGGUGGUAUUUAUUUAAGGAUGAUUGUGUCUAUGAACUACGAAUGUACUGCUGCUUCCUACCCGUGAGACACACCAUGUAUGUGACAAGGGUGAUCAGAUGUUAUUUCUUCAAUGUCAUAAAUGCCUGUAGUCAAGAUUGUUUCUGCUUUGAGAUUGCUGCAGAGGGGAAAUGUAUGCUCAUGUGUGUGUGUGUGGGGUGUAUUUGAUAUCUUGCUGCAGAUGUAACACUGGAGCUCGAGAAAAUAAAGCAUUGGUCAUGGAAGUAUCGUGA